UUCGGUUAAUUUGAUUUGUUUGUUUAUCAUUUUAUAAGAACUCAUAAAUAAAAAUACGAAAUGAACAAGAUAUGUAGAAUUUGCUUAGAGGAAGGCGUGUUAUCAUCAAUUUUUGCAAAAAAUUAUGCUGUAUCUCUAUGUGAAAUGAUAGAAUUCACAACAAAAGUAAAGAUAAGAACUAACGAUGGUCUACCGGAACAAAUUUGUAGCAACUGUGUUUAUAAAUUAGGAGUCGCCUAUCAUUUCAAACAAUCUUGCGAAAGUGCAGAUACGCGUCUUCGACAAUAUCUAGGCUUAGAAACACCAAAUAGAACAAAAGAUGCCAUGGUAAUGACUGAUCCUAUGGUGUUAACUCAACGGACUUUAAUUAAAAAUUGUAAAUGUAAAAUUGUAGAACAGAAAAAAAGUUCAUCGAAUUAUAAAAGGAAAGCUGAAUCUGAGAAAUUAAAAAGAGGGCCUAAACCAAAACCUAAACAGGAACACUCUUGUUAUGAAUGUGAUAAACAGUUUAAAUGCAAAGCGCAAUUGGAAAUGCAUGUAAGGACACACACUGGAGAUAAACCAUUUAAUUGUAUAUUUUGUCCACGCAAAUUCACUCAAAAACAUAAUCUAACAAUACACCUUCGUAUGCAUACUGGAGAGAAGCCAUUUCAAUGUGAUGUAUGCAGUAAAACAUUUUCUGCUCAAGGGAAUCUACAAGCACAUUUAAAAAUACACACAGGACAGAAAGACCAUGUUUGUUCAUUAUGUAAAAAAUCUUUUAUAACAUCAAGUGAGCUUACAAGGCACAUGUUUAAACAUAGAGGAGUAAAAAACUUCAAGUGUGAUAUAUGUGGGGCCGCUUAUGUUCACAACAGAGACCUGAAAUUACAUCAGAUGAGGAAGCAUGAAAUUUCUGAAAAAACUAAGACUCAAAAUGAAUACAAUAACAGCAACAAUAUAGAUAUAAUUGGCAUAGAUGAAAAAAAAAGUAUGUUGCAACCUGUUCGAAACAAUGUUACAGAUAACAAAAUUCCAAAUAAUAUUAUAGCUGGCAACCAUUCACUUCUAUCAUAUGAGAAUAAAAAUAUAAAAGAGGGUCCUCAAUAUUCAAGUAAUCUAUCAAUUAAUGAUUCUUUGCUUUGUACAAUUUGCGGAGAAAGCUUUCAGUAUAUGGCUCCUUUGGCUCAGCAUUAUCUCAAUCAUCACUCAAAAGUAUAAAUAUCAUACAGACAAAUUAUCUAGAAUGUGUAAAUGAAAGUUACAACGAUAAUUAAGUUUGCAUUCUCUUUUCAAACAAAUAUUGCUUACAUUGUAAUGUUAUGAACUUGUAGCUAUAUGUCAGACUAUUUGCUAUACAUGGUGUAUACUGCAACUCUACCUCCAUGGAUUGUCGCAUACCUAUCUAAUGCAAAAAGUUUUUUCAAACCCAAGUUCUAAAUAUUGAAAUUAGUUUAUUUAAAAAAAAAUCUUGAGCUUUAGAUACAUUAUUUCAAUUAUUUAGUUUUUCUCAACCUAGUAAAGGUUUUAAUUUUAUACAAUAUUUAUUACAGGAAUAAUUUACUAAUUUAAUAUUCCUCCAAUUUAAUUAAGUACUCCUAUUUAAAUAUACAUUAUUAAUUUCAAUAUAUUUUUUUUAUUUUAUGUACCCAGAUUAACCCUUAUAUAUAAAUAUAUAUAAGUGGCAAAAUUCGCUACAAUAAUAAUAUGAGCAAUGAGCUAUGAGCUAGCAAUGAGCAAUGAGCUAGCAAUGAGUUAGCUACCACUUGCCUCAAACUCUCGCAUAAGUAGCAUUACAAGUAUCAUUUUAAUCAUUCUUACUACAUUGUUUGUUUUAGAUAAUUCAUUGUUUUUAUUUGAUAAAUGUUUAAGAUUGUCAAAUUCAAAUUGUAUUUAUUUUAUAAAUUGUGAGCUAUUGCUGAUCAAUAAUAGGUGGCAUUAUUUAUAAUAUAAAUUACGUUUAUAUUUUCAUAACACCAAAUGAGUGAUCUUAAGUUUAUAGUUCGAAAAAGUUCAAUGGAAUUCCAACAGUCCAUUAUACAGUGAUUUUAAUUUAGUUUUGAAUGUAUCCAGUAGUCCAUGAUAUAGUUUUCGGAAUUAAAAAAUUAAAACAUGGAUGAGGAAAAUGCGAUACAUUCGAAUUAACUUCCUCUAAAUAUGUAUGUAACCAUCAAUAAGAACUUACAUCACAAAAAAAAUUACAUUGAAUAUAAAUUCUAUUAGCUGAGAAAAAUUUAAUGCAAUAACUGUAAGGAGAUCGAGAAAUGUUCGUCUAUGUGACAAAACAAAAAGAAAUUUCACAGUACAGAAAAGGCUUAAUGUAUAAUAUCAUAACAAAUAAUCAUUAAGAUAUAUGAUUCUUUGGAUAAAAACGAGAAUGGAGAAGACUAUGAAAUGCCUGGAGUUGAAGUAUAAAUUAUUAAUUUAAAUAGUUUAGGUUGAGAAAAUAUUAUUAAAAAUUAUGCUUAAUAUAUAUAAUCUGUAAAAAGAAUAUUAAAAAGUAUUUAUUUAUGCAUCUGCUG